AUGCGAACAAGAAGAGGCUUCUGUUAUCCUCAAACGCUUCCACUUCCAAACAUGUCUUCAAACACCCACAAACGACAGAAGAGAAUGCCGGAAAACACCACCGGCGGUUCUGACUUCUUUGACUUUUUACCCGAUGAUAUUGUCCUGUCUAUCCUCGGUAAACUCAGCUCCACCGCAACCUCUCCCUCCGAUUUCAUCAGUGUUCUAAUCACGUGCAAGAGACUAAACGCUUUAGGUCUUAACUCUCUUGUUUUGUCGAAAGCUUCCAACAAAACAUUAUCAGUGAAAGCUAAAAAUUGGUGCGACUCAGCUCACCGCUUCCUCAAACGUUGUGCCGAUGCUGGAAACAUUGAAGCGUGUUACACUCUCGGAAUGAUUCGGUUUUACUGUUUGCAAAACAGAGGAAGCGGCGCUUCGAUGAUGGCAAAGGCAGCAAUGAAAUCUCACGCGCCGUCGCUUUACUCAUUAGCUGUGAUUCAGUUUAACGGAAGCGGUGGAACGAAAAACGACAAGGAUUUACGCGCUGGUGUGGCUUUAUGUGCACGCGCUGCAUUCCUUGGUCAUAUCGAUGGGUUACGUGAGCUUGGUCAUUGUUUACAAGACGGUUACGGCGUUAAGCAGAAUGUUAUAGAGGGACGGCGGUUUCUGGUCCAAGCUAACGCCCGUGAGCUUGCUGCCGUUUUAUCUAACGGCAACAGUAAACAUCCGUUAAUGAGGUGGAGUGUUAACCCGGUUCAAAAUCAGCCACCUCAGAUUCGUGUUGUUUCUGGUUCAGGUUGUCCUUUGCUGAGUGAUUUUGGAUGUAAUGUUCCGGUUCAGGAAGCUCACGCUGCGAACCGGUUUUUGACGGAGUGGUUUGAAAUGCGGGGCGGGUUUCCGGGUCAGGGAAUGAUGCUCUGUUCGAAUACGGGUUGUGGCCGGCCAGAGACCAGGAAGCACGAGUUUCGAAGGUGUUCGGUUUGCGGUGUGGUGAAUUAUUGCUCACGCGCUUGUCAAGCGCUUGAUUGGAAGUUUCGACACAAGGCGGAGUGUGCGCCGGUUGAGAGGUGGUUAGAUGAGGCGGGGCAACCUGUUGCCGGUGAGGGUAACGGUGACGGAGAUAUCAACGUUGAAGAAGUUGAUAGGUAG